UGCGCUCCAGCAUCCUUCGUCUCCAGUCGCGUCUGAGCGCAACACCUCCUUGGAGCUCUCCCUCCAUCCCAGCCGGCAGAGAGGAUGAGCUGCUCCGCGUCCGGGUCUCCUCCGAGGCGGAUCUUUUCCUCCUCCCUCUGAUUCCUCUCGGUCGGAUGUUUCUCCUCCGGGUAACAAUCAGAGGAGGAUGCGUCUGCUCGUUUUCGCCACUUUAUUUGGACUCUUUUUAGACGCAGGAGAUGCCCUUCAGAUCCAGUGUUACCAGUGUGAGGAGAUGAAGCAGAACGACUGCUCCACACCAGAGUACAUCGUCAACUGCACAGUCAACGUACAGGACAUGUGCCAGAAGGAAGUGCUGGUCAAACCUGACGGAAUACACUAUCGGAAGUCCUGCGCGUCCUCCGGGGCCUGCCUCAUCGCCUCCUCCGGUUAUCAGCAGUUCUGCACCGGCAGGCUGAACUCGGUGUGCAUCACCUGCUGCAACACGCCACUCUGCAACGGCCCCAAGAGGAAGCGCCCCGUCCCCUCGGCUGCAACCUCCAACCGGCGUGCCCUUCUCUUCUUGAUGGCGCCGAUGCUGCUUCAUCUGACGUAGACGCUCCUACCACGUACCGCUGUACAGUUUCAGCUAAAUCACCGGACUUUCAGUUCAAAUAAUGUUUUUAAACUAAUGCAGGGACCAUGAACAGUCUGUUUUCUGAGUUUGGUCUGAGUAAAUCUGACUGGUUAGUAGUAAAACAAGGCCGCAGGUGAUUUGGGAAAAGCAGUGGUAGACCUCUGAAAUGCCCUUGCAGCUGAAGAGUGCAAAAAGUAGAGCCUAUAGAGUUAUGGUAGAAAUAAACAGGUGGAUUAUUGGACCACAUUGGAAAUCAGCAAAGCAGAGCGUCUCAUACCAACUGUAAAGCACGGUAAUGAAGGGUUGAUGACAUAAGCCAGCGAAAAGUGCUUCAUGUCAUUGCGAUGAGGUUUUGAAUCAGAUAUCUAAAAAAAAAAGAAUAAGAAAAGCUUAAAUUUAGAAAAUCCUUAACUCUCUUUCAGCACAUAAUCAGACUGUCCUGAUCUUUAACUUCCAGUGGACAACAAUAAACAACAGAUUCAACACUGCCUUUGUUACAAAGACACAGGCAAGAAGCGUAGAGAAGCAAAUGUUGCAUCACUCUGGAUAACCACACAUGGGAUAUUGCUGCUAAAAAUUCAUCCAAACAAGCAUGGCAGUAGUAGAGGGAUGAUAUAGGCUUCUUCUACGGACUUAAAUCAGUUAUGCGGUUGUCUGCCCUACAAACACCACUUCAAUUUAUUCCUGUGGAAAGCAGCUCUACUAGGUACCGAGUCAUAAAAUAUACCUAGAUAUCUAAGAACCUAAACUGUUUUUUUUUGGCAUUGAGCACAGAGAAGCAAUUGCUUCAACACACUGGAAAACCAAACUUAGAAUAUCAGGAUAAACACUUCAUACUAACUGUCAAGCAUGGUGGUGCAAGGGUGAUGAUGUGGGCUUGCUUUAUGUUCAAGAUUCAACUUUCUGUCCUUCCAUCCAGAAACAGGUUUGUUCAGUUUAUUGCUGCUAGAUGUGGUUGUAAGCAACUGAAUCACGGGGUGUUCUUAUAUAUCUAAAAGCAGGCGUGGAAAGGGGUGUACUGUAGUUUUGGGAUGUGAAAUAGUCAUAUGGGUUUGGGGUGGGAUGGGGUCAAACACAUCAGCAAUGACCACAGAGAAUCAGUUCACUGAGAAUACUCGAAAACCAAACCCAAGGUGUCAGCUCAUCGCAACAACUGUUGAUCAGGGCAGCAGAGGGGUGAAGAUACGGCAUGAAGCCACCUGUCCCACAUAUGAUGAUUCAAGUUGCAGAGAAAGGCUAAACGUUGUUCUCUAAGAUAUUUAAUAUUGGGGUGCCCUUGUUUAGAUAACCACAACUAGGGCUCGGAAUCAUCUAGGAUGAACCGAUUCGAUACGACUCUCGAUACAUAGCUCACGAUACAAUAUGAUUCUCGAUAUAGCUCAGCUUGAUCUGAUAUGACUCCAAUA